GCACAGCGCCUUUUUUAGACGUGGUGGCUUAGUGAAGAGGGUGGGUGGCGGUCGUCGCUGUACCCACGGUCGCGGUACGUGCCCAGCCUGGCAGAGACGGUUCCAGGCACGGAGAGAACGGGCAAUCCGCUCAGCCUGCUGGCGGGGCGGGCAGCGUGGCGCUAUUCUGCCAGUGAAUGCCUGGAGGGACUGCGCAAGCCUAGGGUGUGAGCGCAGCCGGCGCCCGGCCCGGCAGGCGCCGUACAAGGCAGGGCGUUCGCCCGCGGCGCGCACGUAGGGCGGCCACUUCGGCGUGGGUGGAGCUGCACCGUGCCGACAAGAUGGCGAUGGUGGCCUUCGGGGUGGCGAAAAGGUUGCGGCUGGUGGCACCAGCGGUGAGUCUCGCUUUUACUCGUUCCGCAUUUGUUGCAAAAAAACGCAAUUAUGACCAACCAAACUGGUUUGGAGUAGCCUUGGCUUUUGGCACCAGUGCUGCCUUGUGGGCUUUUCUUUUCAGGCAGCAUGAGGAUGAUGUAAUGGAGUAUGAAAGAAGAAAAGCAGAGAGACAUCAUAAGUGUAUGGGAUGUUCAUAGUUGAUGGUAUAUGUUCAGUGAGAUCACCAGUUGCCCUGCAAAUGGGUUCAGCAGAAUUAUAAAGCAUCUAAAUAAUUCUGUGUUCAUAUAUGUCAUGUGUAAAAGUAUGAAAUAAAUUAUAAAGUCUGGAAGGAA